CCAUGUGCUUCGAAGAUAUUAUACAAGUGCAAUUGCGGUGGUUUUUUUUACACAUUAGAGUCUGCCCGUGACCACCAGUGUCAGAAAGGGAAGUUUGUCCAAGAGAUUGAACAUACAAGCAGUUCAAAGACCAUGUUCCAAUGUGAAGACUGUGAAUGUUUCUUCACAGAUAUGGAUGUUUUCAAAACCCAUGCGUGUGUCACAAACCAGAAAAGUCCAGCACAAAGUGUGUUUUCUGAAGAAGGUAAUGACACUAACAAUAACCAGGUGUGGAACAAGGCCCAAACGCAACUACUGAUUAGGUCCUAUCAGUUGCUUGAGGCAAAAGUUUCACAGGGCAAACUUAGGAAAAAAAGUAUGUGGGAAAAGAUAUCGGAAGAAAUGAGAGAAAAGGGUUACAAUUUUUCAGCUGAACAAGUCAGUGGAAGGUGGAAGACCCUAAUAAGGGCCUACAAAAACAUUAAAGCACACAAUGCUAAAUCAGGUAGUAGUCUUAAGACCUACCAGUUUGAAAAUGAAUUGGACGAGAUAUUUGCAAAAGAUCCGGUCAUGACGCCUGUAAAAACAAUGUCAUCUGCCAGUCAAGUCGAAGAAAGUAGUGAAGAUGACCAGAUGGAACUUACAAAAAAAAGGUCAAGUAGUGAAAAAGACAGCGACAAAAAUAAACCUCCAGCGAAAAAGUCUAAGUCUAAAGUCUCAGGUAGUCAGCAAAUGGUGCAGAUGUUACAGAGCUUUACAGUCGACCAAGCUCAGAGAGAAAGAGAGGAGGCAGAGAGGACAGAGAGGAGGCAUGAAGAGCGGAUGCAGCUCAUGAGGGGUUUAGUAGAUGCGAUAAAGCAAUCAGCGCCCCAAGCUCCAACAAAGAACAGGAAUAAUUAA